AUGGACGAAUUGUUCUUGCGAAACGAACGCAAAUCCCUCGAGGAUUUCUCUUCGUUCGAGUAUCGCGCAAGAAAACGAGCUCAAGGUAGCCCUUGCCUAUGCAACCGCGAUUAUGCAGCUGCAUACGUGGAAGUCGAUCGUCAGGUGGGCCCCGAGUAUCUCCUUACUGCUUUUACGAAUGCGAAUGAAGUUUUGUCGAAUAAUAUUAGAGCUUCCAGGAUAGAAAGGGAUCUAGAGGGAGUGACCACAGUCCUUUUGGUAUCAGCAAUUCCUUAUGGAAAGUCAUUACCACCGGUUGGAUUAUUGACGAAAACGGCACGGACAUUUGUGCAACAUGGCGCGAGUACCGAAUUCGCCACUCAAGUUGUGGGCACAACCUUGGAUAACGGUCGUCUCUACGCGAGAAUUCUAUCUACAUCCAGUAGAGUUUACAAAAAUCCAACGCCGGAUUCGGCGAGUCCCUACAUCGUUUAUCCUUCGAGGACACCGGAAGACGAUUGGCAGCUUCGAUUGGCCCUUGAUAACGCGCCGUUCAGAGCUGAAAGGCUGAGUGGUAAAAUCAAUACCGAAUCAAAUGAAGAGAAAAAGGAUAUUGGGAAUACCUCGAAACUGGACGAACUGUCCAAAGAAAAUGAUAUAUUCAAUAAAAGAGAGCUAAAUAUAGAUAUGCAGAGAUUCAAGCCAGAGAAAGUUCAACCGGCCGAUCUGCCUACUUAUACCGUCAAACAGGAGUACGUGUCAAACAACUUCGAUUCCUUCGACGAUGUGUCGAGAAGCUUUAGACCUCGAACACCGAAGAUUUUUAAACAGCAGGUGAAAAUUCCGCAACAAAAGAAGCUAGAUAUGAAGCCUCUUGCUACAGUGACCUAUCAUGGCUUCGCGGAUUUCACGACAACGGUCGGCGAUACCGUCAUCGUCUUUUCGCCGAGCACAUCACCGGCACCCAUGGGACGUCCCGCUACCACGAUCAAAGGCGAUGCUACGCUUCGUCCGGAUGAUGGUAUAGCAGUAUUAAAGAUUCAACCAACGACUGUGAUGAAACAACACACAAAAACUGAUCGACCUUAUGAGGAGGGCCGGAAGCACGAUUCGAACGAGCAACUUCCAGGCACUAUUAAUCGCGACAAUAUUCAGCCAAGCGUCACCGAGGAAAUUGACGUUGAAUCAUCCAAGAGAUCUACGGAACCGUUACUGCUGGUACCUGAUGUCGAAACAGGAUCGUUGAAGCCAACGGGUCUUGUGAAGGUCGUUGAUUCUACUACUUCGUUAGACGGUACCACGACACAUUACAAAAGUCUCAUUUAUGGCACAUAUAUUGGCACGAAUUAUGCGCAAAUAAUUCAUACAUCUUCGAACGUAUAUUUCUUCCCGGAUGAUGCUACCGUAACAUAUGGAGCCGACGACACAACUACAGAAUACGGUACAACUGAAACAGAAUUCAACGAUCCGGACACUACUGUCGAAGCACUGCCUUCUACUACGCCGACGACCAUCACGACUAGCGAAGAAGAGAUGAAUGAACUGACUACUCCGUUGAGAGGCACAACAGACAGUGUCUUAACAACACUGAAGGACAUCUUAGAAAGUGCAAGAAGAGUAUUAGGAACGACCGAAUCGGUGAUACCGACUUUAGACGACGAAAUUCCUAAUGACAUCGUGCCAGGAGAUCCUCAGGGUCGUAGUAUCAAAGGCGGCUCUUCUCAAAAUAAUCUCCAACCCGGACAUAAACAUGAUUCAGGCAACGAGGAAGAAAAAGUAACGUUGGCUACUAGAUUACUGCCGUCUACAGUCUACAAGACGUUCACAUACUUCACAACUUUCUUUAUUCCGGGCGGUAGUGAUCAGACUAAGACUUCGAUACGUUCUCGGGAGGUAGUCUCUUCCGAAGUAACGUUUUUGACAGAGUUAAUUCGACCUACCUCGACCAAAAAUUUAAUUCGUCCUACUAUCUCGCCAGACUCAAGGCAGAAAACACCAAGCUUGCCUGAUGAAAGCUUGACUGAAGAGGAACAAACUACCAAACAGGAUGAGGAGAUAGAGCUCAUUUUUAAAACUUUGUACACGACGUAUACGUAUCUAACGACAUUCUUUCAAGAAAAUACAUCUAGUGUAUCCAGUCGGCAAGUUGUCGAGACUAAUGUUAUCACGCAAACCGUUGGACCAAAUGGUGUUUCUGCCGUUGUUGCCGGCCUCUUCAAUAAAGAUGAUUCUGUUCUGAUAUCGCCAACGACGAUAUCACAGAACAUCUUGCCGUCGGUAAUAACAAACGGUCGCACUCCCGAGAAAUUCAAUAAAGAUACUGAGCUAGAAGGUCCUGAUGAAACGACAGAGGGAGGUCUAACCACUUUCCAGCAGCAGGAUACCACGUUACACGAGAAUAUUCCAACGGAAUCCAUCACGACUAUUGAUGAUUUUGUAAUAUCUGACGGUUGGACCACCGAUUUAGAACCAAGCCCCACGCCAGCUAUGGCAAGCGUAGAAAUACAGGAACAAGUGAAGACAUAUUAUACGACAUAUACGUACUUUACCACUAUCUUUGUAGACGAUGAAACGGAAAUCGAGACGCGAACCGAAGUUUUCACUAACGUCGUCACAGAGACAAUUACACCUACCAAGGUUCAAUCGAUUCCGCAAGAGACGGUUCGACCAACGACGCCAAGACCUCAAUCUGUCGAAAAUAAGCCUGCGCCUCCUCCAGAAAUUUUGGCUUAUUUAGAAGCUCUUCAACGUCAGAAGUCACAAGAAGAGGCACUUUUAUUAGCAAAGAAAGUUCAGCAAAAUAACAUUGAUCAAGUAAUACAUGCUGAAACUACCGAAAACAAUACUGAGAUUACAACGGAGGAACCUACCACUUUGGAAGAUCAGUUCACCACUGAGCGUCUAUUUCGUGAUUUCCAAAUAGGCGCGCAAGUAACGCCUAAUCCUUCGACUGAGGUGGAAGUUCUGGGGUCCAUGAUCACAGACGUCGUAUCCUCUUCCAGUUCUGGUGGCGGUACUGUUCUGGAUGUGGACAAAAGAAACAUCGUUCCCGAAGAUCAGGAAUUGUCGGAGUCUAACAACCAUGAAGUAGAACCCGCGCCGACAUUGCUUCUACAAACUAGUUACACGACUUUCACAUACUUCACGACAAUGUAUAAGGGCGAUCAAACGAAUGUCGCCAGUCGCCUGGAAACAGUUACGAAUGUCGUCACGGAGACUUUAAGGCCGUCCAUCGUAGUGCCGGUUCCAACUAGCACUCUGCCGGUGACGUAUUUCACGACCUUUACAUAUUGGACGACGUUCUACAAGGGUGGUGACACCAUAACCACUAGUCGUGAGGAAACAGUCAGCAAUAUUAUUACAUCGGACGUCUCGCCUACGCCUACAGUAGAGCUCGGAGUAAUAAUGACUUAUACGCCAACUGUAAAUCCACCGUUAGAGGAGGAAUUAGCCAAUGAAGAGGAGUCCAAAAUUACGGCGGAUAAUGAAGUAACACCUGUCGACAGAGCUGGCUCUGAAAAAUCUAUCACCGAAAAUUUAAAUGAACCAUCGUCAAUAACAACCAGACCUGACGAUCAAAACGCGGUGAACAUUUCAUCAAUUUCACCCGAGCCCACAACAUUCUACACCACAUUCACUUACUUCACUACAUCUUACGUCGGAAAUGAGACAAUCUUGUCCAGCAGACUGGAGACCGUAACAAGCGUAUCGAUACCAGAUAUUGCGACACAACAGGCAACUGGUCGCGCGAUCGGUGGACCUGUGUAUCCGUCAAUUCAAACUAUAAAUACAGACGAUAAAACCGUGACAUCAUCUAAGAUACCCGAAACUUUCAAAACAGGUUUGAUUUCGACAAUACGUUCGAGUGAAAUACAUGAAGAUACCACGACUCAUUACACGACGGAUGUAUAUGGUACUUAUAUAGAUGGAUAUUACGCACGAGUGGAAAAGAGCUCGACGAGAAUAGAAACACCGUCAUUACUUUCUUCAUCGAUAGCUACACCGGUCCUACCUACAGGAAUUUUAUCUUUGAAUAGAGGAAGUGUAGUAGACGCUGAUGAAGUCACCACUGUUUACUUUACGACGAAACAAAUUGGUACACUUUUCGAGGGUACUUACGCUAAAGUGAUCGAAAGUACGUCAAGCACAAAGAUAGACGAGGAAAGAAAAGCAAGCAUUCCGCCGACUCAAGGUCAUCGAACUGGCCUGGUACGUUUGAUUCAAGGUCAGAUGGAGAAUAACGGUACCACUACACUUUAUCAAUCAAAAGUAAUUGGCACCAGCAUUGAGGGAAGAUAUGCUCAGAUUAUUGAAAGUACUUCCAGCUUCUUUGUGCCGAGUUCCACGAGGAACAUCGCGCCGACUUCUACUUUACCACCGAGUCAAUCGACAGGUAUACAGGAAAUAUCACCUUCUCCCGCCGUUAUUCAAUCAUCCGAAGAUCAUUCAGAAUCUUCCGAUCAAGAUGAGGACUCCGGCCAAAAUGAAGAAGAUGACGAAGAGGACGAGGAAGACGACGACGGGCAAAGUUCUAAAAAGAAAUCACGAUUGACAUUCUCGACAAGAAAGAGAACCUUCACGCCAGUUAUUAGACCGUUCGCUUCCAGGAAUAGGCCGACUUUUAAUCCGAAACGCAAAGGUGCGCAAGCCGCGACGACUAUUACCAGAACGGAUAUAACCCCGACGAUAACUGCCACUUUAGCUGGCAAGGGUAACAGGUUCGCAUCAUCGCGGAGUCGCGUCACUUCGCCAAUCGGACCGUACUCUUCGACGUUAUCCCCCUCAGGUUCCAGAAGAUUUUCAGGUAGACGCGGAUCCGCCACUACUUCAAGCUCGACAUUCCCAGCGGGCAGUACUCGAGGUAGAGCACCGCCCAGAAUAACUCCGUCGUCUGUGUUUCAAAGCAACAGACGCGGUCCUACGUCUGUAAGAGGAUCCUCUGCUAGGAUCGCAACUCGCGCUUCAAGUUCUGCAUUUCCCGGUGCUUCGUCGAGAUUCCGUGCAGGUAUCAGACCAUCAUCAACGUUAUUGAGAGGGCAACCUACCAUCAGACACGAUGAUCAAGAAAACGACGCCAAUGAGUUCACUACGACUACGCUCGUAACGGAUGAAACACCAUUUACAGAAUAUGUCGACGGUGAAACUAAUACCACUCCUCUACAAACUACGACAGAAUCAUCUAGAAGAUCUACGAAUCCGCUCCUAAGAUUCCGCAGACCCAUUAAUUUAACUAGUAACAGCAGAUCAGUAACUACUCCAAGACCAUCAACGACCACUACUUCGAGACGAUCGGGAAAUUUAAACAGACCGAGCGCGCCAACGGUCCCUAGAAUAACCAAUGGACGAACAAAUAACAGAGCAACUCCUCCAGUAUCUACGAGAAUACGACCUAGUAAUACAGGUCUGUUCCCACCACGUGGAUUUCUUGGUAGGAAGCAAGAAGCAACUACUGAAGAAUCGACUGAGCCAAAUGAGGAACAAAACGAAAGCAACGAAGGUUUGGAAGACGAUCCCGUUGAAGAAAUAUCAGACAAUGAUUACGAAGGAUCGGAACAUGAAGAUAAAAGAUCUAAUGUAAAUCGUCGUUCCGGAAAAGCUGUUGGACCCGUCGUACAAAUUAGACCUUUCGGAGCCAGAACAAGAAGAAUUCGACGUCAGGCUAGCCAGCUUAGAGCAUACAGUAGUCGUUUCCGUAGACCCGCUCAAUUCUCUUCUGCAAAAGCGGAAGAGAGAUCCGAUUCAUUAGACGCCAUAGUAAAUAAAGAAGACAUUAUAAAAACAGCACCGAAACCUUCCGCUCGUUAUAAUAAUCGCGCGCGAAGUUUAAUGUCUUCACAACCACAAAAGUUAUUUAAUUCCGAUCAAACGGCAGAAACAUCAGAGCUAUCGAGGCAGCAAAGUAAGCCUACAACCAGAUCGAAACAAUCUACUGGAAAUAGAAAUGGAUCUGUCAGAAUAAAACCGUCUCCGGCCUCAAACAAUGGAAGACAAUUUACAUUAAGAGAAAAGGAUACCUCUUCUAACAGAUCGGGAUACAAGAGGCCGACUUCUCCUUCCAGAACGAAUAGUAGAUCUACUAGUAAACCUGACAACGGAAGAGUGAGACCACCAAGAUUACGAAACGGAUCUUCCAAACCGACAGAAUCUUCAACGAAUUCUCGAAGAAUAUCAUCGUCUCGCUCAAGAUCAUCAAACGGAAGAAAUGGAAAUAGAAGAGUUCCUACAAGAGGUAGAGGAACCUUUGAAGAUAUCCGAGAAGCGCCUACCAUAUAUCCAAAUUUCGACGGCACCAUAACUGUAACACAUUAUGUACCAACGGAAGUAACAAUUCCUGUGGUGAACAAUGGUGUCACAGAACAUCGAACUAUUAUAACGCAGCAACCAAGCACUGAAGUUCUCGGACCUUCUCAAUAUAGCACGGUAACAGCUGGAGACGGAAAGCCGCUCGUAGUGAUCGUUAGCGAAGUGACGGGUACCAAUAAUCAAGGCCAGGCCGAGAUUACACGAUUCUUGCUGCACGAGACACCCACUACUCGUAUUUCGCACACCCUCGCAAGCCUCGGUGGCCGUCGCGUCUCUCAAUCGGUUAUUAUACCCACGACGGUGUUCUCCGUGGAGAACAUAGUUUCUACGAUACAGCCUUCUUUGCCCGGCAACGCUCCCCUUGCCAAUAUUCUUCUCUCACAAUUACUUCUGGGUCAAUUAGGUCAACCGAAUUCUUUGUUAUCCCAAACCACACCCACCACGCAGUAUAACACACGUACCACCUCCUACGUCACUACAAUAACGAAACAUCGAAGCACUAUCAUUCCCCUCACCUUUCGCGGCAAGGAGAUUCUGACGACUCUGGUCGACUCCUCGACCAACGUCGUUACUGCAACGGAAUUCAUAACGGACACCGUUGUGGUGACUCCAACGGCUGCGAUACCGGCGGCCAACAUAAAUUCUCUCUUGUUGUUACUCCAACAACCGCAGACGCAACCACAAAAUCCCAAUCCGUUACUGGAUCCUCUGUUCGCGGCUGCUCCAUUCACGCAGAGUAACACCUUACCGGGAGAAGUCGAGAGAAGACAUCAGCCGGCCGAUUCCGACUAUAAGCACGAUAGCUACGAGUAUUAUGAGGACGACGCGGAAGAAUACCAAAAGUCAUCCAGAUCACGCGGACGCGGUAAAUUGAAUGACAAGAAAAAAGAAUCCAAGGCUUCUACAAAAGCUGAAUCUAGCGUGGUGACGCUAUACGUUUCCGGCCGCAGACCCGGAGAAUUUAGCACUGUUCUGAGUACUGUGAAAGUCGGCGAUUCUGUCACCGCGUCCAGAAGACGAAGAGACGCUUCGGAAAGAGUCGUCGAAGUCCGACCUUCCAUACCACCAUCGUUGCACGCUGGACCGGUGGCCGUUGCCAUUCUAGCAGGAAGCGAAGAUCCUAUCGACCACGCACCAACACAAAGUCUCGAGAGCGUAGUGGGUGACGUCGGACGGCAUAUUUCCACGUCCAUCUAUACCUUCGAACAAUCGAAUGGAACAGUCGCCUUUGCAGGUAAUCUCUACGCUGAAUCGGUGGAAUAUGGAAGUAGGAAUAUUGAUCGCAGGAGAGAAGAUAUUGAUGAUAUAUGGCCCAACGAGGAUUAUAUAAACAAUGGAAGGAUUGACGAAGAUGACGAAGCUUUUGAAGAAACACCACGGAAGCGUGUUAGAAUUCGAGUACCCGUGGUGCGUAGCAGAACUGCUAGACAACAUAAGUUUACGGUCGUCAGGCGCAGACCCUUGACACCUCGCACCAAAGAUAUCGCGUACACUAUGUCUACCACGCAUACACCACGAAGAAUCGUGGUGACACGUGUCAGAACUAUUGGAUCGGGAAACUUGAUUAAUCCGACUGACAUUCCGACAGACUAUGGAAGUUACCAGCCUACUGGUUUUGGAAGACACAAAGUAACUAUAACUAGACGUAGAAAACUUCAAUCUACGCCGACAUCAACUCAAAAUAAAGUUAGAGUAACCAGAAGAAAAUUGGUCGCCGUGCGUCCGAUAUUUCCAACAUCGACUCUUGCCAUUAUCACUACUGGAUUCUUCACCGCGCCUUCUUCCGAAUACGAUGACUAUUCAGACGAAGAAGAUGAGAAAGAGUACGAGAGUGAAGUUAUUAGAGAAAAAGAUUAUUCUGUUACACCCAGUCUCGAAGAGACACCAAAUCUUAUCGAUAACAAACCAGAUGAAGAAGCGAGUCUUGUAUCGUCGGAUGGCAGUUAUGCUAUAUCCGAAGAAAGCACAUUAAACAUGCCAGUGAUUAUUACCGACAAUUUCUUUUUCCCUCCAUCUAAUGACGAGGAAGAUGAAGAAUACGAAAAUGAUGACACGACUACUACGACUGAAAAUGCAAACGAAGUCACGAUUUUAAUGAAAGACGAGCAUCUCACAAUUUCUCCUAAGGAUGAAGAUAAUAUUGUACCUAAUAAGAGUGAUGUUGAGAUGCAACCAGACAAUAUUACUGUAACGACAACACCAAUCAGCCAAACAUCAACAGAACCGUCGGAAGAGCAAAUAAUAAAAGCGCCUGAAGGAACUGAUAAUGCAUCGAUAAAUAUAACGGAAUCAAUCGCUUUGGAAGACAUUAAUAAUACAGAGAUAUCAACAAAAACUGUUAUAUUAAAUGAAUAUGUACCGACCACUGAACUUACUGUUAAUAAAGAUGGUGACGAUAAAUUUGCAACGAAAGAACAAAUUACUACCACUCUUGCCACUCUUGAAGAGCAAACUACUUUCAUGGAGGACAUCACUACAUUAAACGUGCCCGAUGAAUCUACGAGCAUUCCCGAUAAAGAAAACAUCACGACGGAAGAAAUUACAUCAGUUACCGAGACGACAACGAUCGGUAAAGAAAGUAAAGAGCAAGAAUCAACCGAAACUGCUGAAGAUACUACAGAACGUAGCGUGACGCCAGAAACGAUCAGCGAGAACUCAGAAGAAAUUCCAACAGUACGACCUCUCCAACCGAAUAUAAUUAACUCUAAUUCGACCCAAAUUUCUCUAAUCGGAACGGUCCUUCCAUCUGAUACUAUCGUAAUCGCACCGAACUUCGAGAGCGUUAUACCGCUUGAGACUACGAAGUCAUCGAUACGCGACACUGAUACGUCCAAUUACUUUGAUGAUUCGUACAUACCCAGCGUGAUACCUCUCAGCGCAAAUUACACCCGCGAGACAGUCCCCGCGACGAAAGUCACGAGCGAGAUUACGCCGGAGGAGAUCGAGGCUGGACUAGCGGAUGAUCUUUACCUGUCAUUAUCUCGCCUCGAUUUCCCCGAGAUCUUACCGUCGAAAUCAGCCACGAUUAAUCUAGAGACUAAAUCCACGUCGGAUCUCGCGUUGGAGCCCAGUACGAGCGUUUAUUAUACGGAGACGGUAGUGACGUCGACGCGACUAAGGACGUAUACGUACGUGGUGACGCAACUUAACGGACUGGAGACCAAAGUGACGUCGUCGACGACCGUACGACCGAGAGUGACGACACUUACGUUGACAGUGCCCGUCACGGUGACUAUCACUCCUACCGUGGAGUCGUCAGCCGGCUUCGUAUCAUCUGUGUAUAAUCCAGUACCCGUUGUCGGAGAGUACGAGGCGAAGGAUGAGGAAGAAGGGCGCAGAUUUAAUUUAGCGACCCGCGUAAUGUCAAACGGCGUAGAAGUCAUUGUCGCUGGACCAACUCCGGCUCUACGAUGGGAAAACUCAAAUCCUCAACCUACCCUCACCUUGUCAGAAGCGGUGGUCAUGCUCCUGCCGCAGGAUAAACCGAACGAGUUUGUCACGAAGACUUGCACAACAACUUUCACGUACCUCAGCACAAUCACCAAGGAUGGAACGACUACCGUUUCAACGGAGCAGCAGGUGAUAGCGAAUACAGCAACAGAGGAACGACACAGAAAACCUGGCUCCGAAACAGCAGCCGUGACUCUAGAUGCAUCCCCGACUUUACGCACCGAAGUAUUUAAAACGACGUAUACAUAUUUGACUUUGAACACAGAUCAUCCGGAUGUGAAUGACGCCUUAGAAAGUAGCACAAGAGUCAUAACGAACACGGUUACCGCGCCGCAACAUUACCUAGACAUGAUUCUCGAGCCAUCAGAAGCUCCUCGACCGGAAACCAAUACAUACCUCAGUACUACAGUGUUGGAAAAAACGUUUAUGGAAGAAGGUCGAACGAAAAUAGAGACGAUCAGCGACACGAUUACUCAGCUAAUAGUAACAGAAUCAGCACCUCCGCCGCGACCAACUAGUGUCACAACUACCCUGACUGCUUUAGAUAACACCGAUAGUAGCGUGACGGACAUGACUAAAACAUAUUACAUCACAUACACGUAUUUCAACACAUUUUUGGAGAAAGGUAGCACGGUAGUUCGCACAAACGUGGCCACAUCGACUGACGUGGUAUUGGAGAAAGUGCCAGUGCGAAAAACAACCAUGAAAACCGCUCCAGUUAGUCCUACGCCGGAGCCUAUACAGAUCUUCGCCACUAAAACAUACCUUACCACGUUUACUUAUUUCACAACGUUAUUACAGGCUGGUCCAGAUGGUGAAACAUCAACAACUGUGACGUCUCGUUCACAUAUCGUUGAAAACGUCGUAACGGAAUCAAUAGCUCCGAGUUUAUUAGACGCCGGUUAUAUGAACGCCUUAUUGACGACUGCGCAUCAUUCCGAUCCAGUGAAAAACGUCGUCACGGGUUCGACCAUUAUCUUCUUCGAUGAUGAAGAUCAAAUCGAGCCAACUGCGACCUCAGAUCUCCCACAAUCAACCUCUAUUACAGAAAUAAAAAACCACGAGAAAGGUCCCUCGAACAAUUCAACAACUACAAUGUCAACGGAGACUUCAUCGGAAGACACUAACUCUGAUAUAAAGCUAGCAGAUUCAAUUGAUAAACAGGAUAAUAAUGGUACUACAAUAUUAAGCGAUGUAUCACAAAAUAAAAGGCCGAAUUCUCAAUCCGGAGACGAUGGUUCAGUUAGCAAACCUCUUCUUAGUCUGGGUUCUUUAGGAAUAAAUAGUUUAUCCGCUCUGGGGCCGGUAAUCACAGCAAUGGCCGGAUUAUUGCAAGGAAAAACUGCGGCUACUCGUAGAAACGACAGCGUACCUCUCGCAGAGAUUCAAGAAGUCACAACACAACGAUCGCCUAUCUACAUACCUGUCGCAGAAUUUGCUGACGGUGAUAUAGAAACCGCUGAAAGCCAACAUAUUGUUGCCCAUCUAGCGAAUCUCAAUCAUAAUUACAUUGCCGAAACGCGCCACAAGGUUACCAGCAGUCUUGCCGACGGUAUACCGAUAUCUCCGGGUGAAAUAAUUACCGCAAAUAGCGAUGUUAUCAUAGGGAAACCGGGCAAAAUGGCGCCGAGACCGCCACAGACGCUUCUGAAGAAUGAAGAGCACAUUGGCAUGAAACCGCCACCAUUACCGGUACCGAAUAUUCCUGUGCAUCCUGUAUUAGAGGUGCUAGAGAAUAACGACGAUGUACAAAUUCAACAAACUGCGCAAGAUCCACAAAUACAAAUUUUACCGGCACAUCAGGUUUACGAAGAACAUCUGAAAGUACCGGUUUCCAUUCCUCUCGAUGCAAAUCAUCCAACGGCUCCUAAGCAGCCUCAAAAGUUGCUUGCCGUUCAAUCAUCACCGCCUAAGAGAAUCGCAUCGAAACAGGAUAUCCUGCAGAAUGAUCCCUUACUUAAACCACCUAACAGACCAAACGUAGAACAGUAUGCAAAUCCUAAUGUAAGCCCUAAAAUUCCAGAGUGGAAUCCGGAGAAAUAUAGAAGACCAUGGAGCGCUAAAGAUCCCUUAACACCACCGGCAAGACAUGAUGAAAUUCAUCCGGACAAACCGAUCGAAAAACCACAUCCGACUUCAGUUAUAUUAUCUUCGGAAGAACAGAAACGACCGCUAUGGGCACAAAAAGAUCCUCUAUUGCCGGAUAGUUCUAUCGUUAUACAGAGCUCAGAGUCAAAACCGAUUUCUACCAAACCGAUAGUCCAUCAGGUUCCACACGUUAUUGAUAGAUCAACGGGGCAACCUUUAUUAGUUAAUAUUCAACCCAGUCAAGUAGCUAAUGUCGUGAUUCCUCAAGGUGGAACGCAAGCUCUGAUUUUUGGAGAUACUAAUGAACCUCAUAUAAGUGGCCAAUAUUUUGAUGAUCCAUCUCCUUACCCAGAACCUGAAGUUGGACCAAGUUUUAUUGGUAUCCAAAAGGUUAAAGAGUUACCUCAAUAUUCAAGCGAGAAAAAUCCAGCUCAUUAUAUGGUCCCUCCAUCACCAUCUACCAACUUUAAGGUUUCUUCACCAAAACCAGGUUUUUCCAGUCGUCCGCAUAUUUUGUUGCCACCUGUACGCGAGAGACCGUUAGAAACGCUAGAGGCGUCUGUAUUAAGACCCGAUAAAAGACCAUCGGAGAUUCAUCUGAUCAAACGACCUGAUGGAUCUGGAGGUUCCGGUCAAGGCCACGUUCAUACAGAAAUUCUUGUACAUCACAAACCGGAGACAAUAAAUGUUCGACCGCAACCUGCUAGUCAUCCGUCUGUCCAUUCUCUCGUACAUUCAGUUCACCAACCACCAGUGCGUGGUCAUUUUUCGAAUGGUCAAACUCCGAUGGAACAAGCUCCGCCGAGGCGUGUGGAAGUCACGCCGACUGAAGUUCCACAUCGAUAUAUAUUCCUAGGAAAACCAGAUUCUGGAAAUGAGAUAACCUUAGGUACCAAUUGGAAAUCCGACAAGAAACCGAUUAGAUUCGCUCUAAAUAAUCGACCGAGACCACGUCCAAGACCAACGACUAAUCGACCCUUGGAUAGACACGUUUUCGUAGAACGACCUACUGGAUAUCCACCAAUUAGGAAACCAACGUAUUCGGGACCACAGAGACCUCCAAUAAAGACGCACAACACCUUUAUGUUAUCGCACCGUCCACCAAUGAAUCUUCAGCCUCAUCAGGAACCAACUCGAAUAACUCCUAAUAUAUUCACUCUUCAAAUUGACAAUCAAAAUAGGCCGCAUAUUUAUCCGGAUAAGACAAACAUAGGUAACGUUCCGCCGCCGAAUUUACCAACUGAUAAUAAGCAAAACGAUAACGUACCCACUGGUGCAAUAGAAUACCACAAUCCUUUACAUCCAAAUCCGAUAUCGGAAGAAAACAAGCAUUCUCAAAUAUCCGCUAAUAUGCAGCAUGUAUUGCCAGAUCAUCUUGAAAAAUGGCAGACUAAUACACAUACAGAGCAGAUACAAUUGGAUUCUGACAUCGGUGCCUCAGAGUAUAUCAAUUAUCAGAAUCAGUAUUAUGGAAAAGGAAAUAGAAGCCAAGAAACCGAUGGUCAGAAUAAAAAAGACAUAACAAAUUCUCAAAGCAUCAAUCAAACUUUGACAUCACAAACUUUAUAUGGACCAGUUAUUUCCAUCAAUACGGUUGUAGGCAAACCGCUAGAAGUCGAGCAAGAACAAGACGUAAUUUACGAACGCGAAACGGAUGGGAAGCCACUUUUGCAAGGACCUCAUGGUACCGAUCUCUACAAUACGAGACCUUACGAAUUGCCCGUAGUACAAGGCAAACCUUUCGGUGUUUAUAAUGGUCACGUUGAUCCGACUAUUUCUUACGGAUAUAAAGAAGGCUAUAAACCCGAUUAUGAAAUAGUUCACGGUAUACCCGCGCCUCAUAAUGAAAAUGCAAGACCAGUUACGACUAAGACGCAAAGUGGACAAGUCACGACGUUAAACUCACUCGAACGCGACGAUACCAUCGAUCUAAAGCCACCAGCGAUUAUACCUCAAUUCGGCGUUGAGAUAGAUAGACCUGGAAGGCCGUUCUCUAGACCAAUUAGGCCUGAUUCUAGACCCAGUCUAACUCGGAUUAAACCAGAGAUAUUAACAAAACCACCGAUUAAAUUAGAAGUUAGACCCGAUUACUCUAUAAGACGUCCGGAGAACGUCAAACCGAAUAAUGCGGAAAUUUUUGUCAAUCAAACAUUGAAUCAUGGAAUAAAAAUAAAUCAUAAUCUACAGAAUUGGGACGCGGAUGUAGCAAUCCCCGAUAUUGUGAAGUCUCAACAAAAAACAGUUGAAAAUAAAAAUAGCACUACAUCUCGUCCGAUUAUAAUCGGCAAUAAACGUCCGAGUAUCGUUCGACCAGAACAUGGAACGUUCACGAGAGUGCAUCCGGAAUAUCCUCAUAUUCUGACAAAACCGAAACCUCAAGUACCGGAGCCGGUAAUUAUUUCGAGCGGUACUGCGGGACUGGAAACGCAUGGUCGUCCGAAUGUCAAGUUCUCCAUGUCGGUCGAGGCUAUGGGCGAAGAGGUAGACAGUAAGACGCAAACCGAGCGACCGCCCAGCAUGCUAGUCACGAAACAUAAUUUACCACAAAAUAAAAAGAACGAUGAAACUUUGGAAACAGCCUACCAGACGAACUUUGCUUCCUCGGAUUCUCAAAGUGAGCAGGAUAAAAUCAAGGAUGUUCCCUCUAGAAAUAUGAUGCCACCACCUCUAAACGGGGGGAUCGGAUCAAACCAAUCUAAGAAAAAAGAGCAAGAAGGACUUAAACCACCGCCACCGCCGUCAAGCGACGUGCUCGGGUUGUCACCACCACCGGUAGAUAUCACUACCACUCAUAUACCCGUAGACGAUAGAUUCGCCUUAAUGACAACUGACGAAUCAGGUUUGAAGCCGCCAAAAUAUAUACCUUUAAAAGAAUCGACAACGAUUGCACCGCCUAACACAAAUAUGGUUCCACCCAGCCCAAGACCGUCACUUAUAAGACCUUUCCUCGUAGAAUUACUGUCGCAGGACAUGGUGCCACCGCCACCAGUAUUAACAACUACGAGACCGCUCGAGAUCGCUACUAUAAGACCAGCUGUCGCAGUUUCCGGUUCCAUACAGAUAGCCACUGCCGUCGCGACGUCUCAUAUCCCAGUAAUCCAGGAUAUUGAAUCAAAAAUCCCAAUUAUUCAUGGUACUGUUGAUCUACCAGUCGUAGUUGACGUUGCCGAUAUCCUCAGACCUGUAGAAACGCGAAUGAGUGAACAUGUCAGCAUUUACACCGUGCGACCGUUUGAUACAAGACAUGUGUCUAGAAUCGCCAUACAAUCGACAUCGACGUUGACGACAAAUAUAGUAAUACCGACAAAACUGCGACCACCUCAAAUAGAUCAUAUUCAGCCGAGUAAAUCGUCGACAAUUCAUCGUGAUGUCGAUCCGACAGGGUCAUACGUUUUGGAUAUUCCACCAAAUCCUGUUAAGCGACCCGAGCAUUCGGUAUUCUUAGAAUCUAGCCGCGAAAGCAUCCUACCGUCGACAAGAUUAGAACCUACCGAAUCUUUAACAUUCAUCAUAGAAACGGAAAAGAAACAAUAUUCGACGGUAUCGAAUAUCAAGACACAAAAACCACAAAUAAUUGAAUACAGCAUCGUGAAUAAAACGGCGAAUAAAGAGUCAUCCAUAAUUGUGACUAGAGUCGACAGUUCGAUCAGUAAAGUAACCAAUACAUUAAUACCAACACCGGGCAAUAAAACGCGUCCCGAGAUAAGCAAUUCGGAUACGCAGUUUACAAAGAAUAUUGUAAAGGCAACCAGUACCAUCGCCAAGAAUCAAUCCAAUGCUACUAUUCACACGAAACCAAAAGAGGUGACAAGAUUCAAAACUUCAACGGUGACGAGAACUAAAACAUCGGUGUUGGGUUCGCCGCCAACGACGAGGACGCUUUUACUUACGCACACGAUGACCACGACGACUGUCGAGACUGUGACGGAAACACUGCUGCGUCCGACAAGCGUAGUGUCUACGGUAACUUCGACAAUCUUACAACCGAUUGUUACCAGGGUACCUUCAACGUAUAAUAAUAUAGCAGAUAAUGACUCCAUAUUUGUCGUGAUGAGCGAUCAGAAACCACCUGUGCCUGGGGGAGAAGAGGUGGAGGCUGAAUACGGGGAGGAAGUUUCUCGCGAUGAGCAAGAUCUAAUGGGUAAUGAAAUCCAUAGAGUACUGACGGGUGGAAUACUUGGUGCGCCGAUAGUACCUUUAACACCAACGAAUCAAUGCAUACCGGAGUGUAAAUCAUCCAAAUCUGAAAUAUGUGCCGAAGUAGGAACUGAGAUGAGAUGCGUCUGUCGACCAGGAUUUGCGAGAAUGUUCCCGGAUCGGCCUUGCAAACCAACUUACACAUAUACGCUGCGCGUUGGUCUGGAUCGCAUCGGCCAUGAAUUCGUGGCGUAUGAUACUGCCUUAAACGAUUCUACAUCGGCAACUUACAAACGUUUGAUAGUUCCGACGAAGGAAGCUUUAGAUAGAACUUUAAUGCAGAGUGACUUGAGAGAUGUGUACAGAGGCCUCAAAAUUGCUGGAUUCAUUCCGGAUCCUACAAAAGUCGAGUUUCACGUACAACUAAGCGAUAAUGCUAAUGAAACCAGAUUGAAAGAAGUCCUUCGGAAAUACUUAGUUGGAAGCAAUUACAGUUUAGGUGGCACAGAGGUCUAUGCUUCAAAGAACCUUGAUUCGAUCGAGGCGACCGAUUUUGAUGAAUGCGCUUCCAAGGAAACUGGUCCGCAUCAUGAUUGUUCACCCCACGCAGCAUGCUUCAAUUUACGAGGAUCCUAUCAAUGUUCUUGUAGAGAAGGCUGGGCUGAUUUAUCAGAAAAUCCAACAUAUCCCGGAAGGGUAUGCUCGCAAGCGCCACUAGGAUGCGCGGGCUGCAAUAACAAAGGUCAUUGCGUUACCAAUUCUCUCGGUCAAGAAGUAUGCGAGUGCUUCCCUUGGCACAGCGGUCAACGAUGUCAAGUUAAUCUCAAAGUCUUAUUGAUAGCUCUAGUGACAACCGGCGCGAUCUUGCUGGGUCUCUUAGCAAUCUGUAUGGGAAUGACGUGCUUCCGUCGCCCAGGACGUAAUCGGAAGACCGGUGACAGACGAGCUAUGAUCCCUGGAACAGGUGGUGAUACCAGCAGCGAGGGUAGCGUCACUGACUUAGCAAUACCGCAUCACGUACCGCAUGUUUUGCCACCGCCGCCGCAAAUGAUAGCUCCCUUGCCGCCAAACAAACGACCAGUUCGUAAGAUCAGCGCGAAACCUCGUUAUCCUCCCAGAAAAGCUACUAUGGUGCCAGCCGCGAUACCAGUCAACGACGAUCAACGUGAUCGUUCCUUGACAGUUAUGAUUCCACGCGCGAAAUAUCGAUCGGCACCGCAAUCGCCACAAAAUUACAAUAAAACCGUCAUGAGUACAUUUGCUGCCGAGGAACAUAAACUUAUAAACUAUCUCGACAAUGGCACGAGCUCUCCUGCCAAUAGGAAACAAAGUAUAUCUAGCGCGAAAGAUUGCAAGGAAACUGAUUUGCAAGGCGCAAGAAACCCGAUGACACCCACGGGUGCUCUUGUGAGUGCUGGUUUUCAGGUAUCGGCGACGGUGACCCGUACUGUAGAUGCUGAAUCUACCUUGGCACGUUCAUGUGGUGAAACCACUGUGGAAACAGCGACGAAGGUACUAAGGAGCGGAGAUCUUCAGGUUGAUCUCGAUUCGACUCUAGCUCGCUCGUGCGGCGAGACAACUAUCCAAGCUCCGACAAAGCUUCUUAGAUUGGAUCUAGGCGAGGCUGGUUCUACUUUAGCGAGAUCAUGCGGUGAAACGACGAUCCAACCGCCGACAAAAGUCGCCGCCGCCCGAAGAAACAGCAAAGACACUAGAGAUAAUAGGGACACCAGAGACAGCGCCAGUGAGGGUCAUACCAUGGCUGAGCGCGAUUUAGGAAGCACACUGAGACUUCCGGCGCAACAUCCGCCAUUAUACAGUCCGGAUAGGACUAGCGAUCGGGAAUCUAAUUUCGAUUCGCUAUAGACGCUCAAACGAGAACGAGUCACGACGUAUGGGAAGAUUGAUUGCGAAUGAAGCCGCUGGACGGUAUUCUCUGUAGAUUUAUGAAUCAUUGUAUGUCGAAAUAAUUGAAAUCUGCUGCUAUCAAAACAGGCGAAGCAACAUAUUUUAUGAUAUGAUUU